AUGUCGCUACCCUUGUUCGUGGCCUCAGGUCUUACCGGUGUAGGCAUACAUGUCCUACUCUUUCGUCAUGGAGAGUGGGACGUGAAGGCCCCAACAAUCGUAGUUAACUACAUUAUCUUGGGUGCUAUUUUGCUGAGUCUGGAGUAUCUUGAUAUUCUGGAGAAGUUGGAAAUUUAUCAUGUUUCUGCUACUAAUUGGUCUCUCAAAGUACUUGGAUACCAUCUCGUGGGGUUGUACAGUAGCAUGCUUCUUUACCGAGGAUUAUUGCACCGAUUAAACAAAUUCCCAGGACCUGUUUUGGCCCGACUUUCAAACUUUUACAUCACCUACUUAUCAGCAAAGAAGCAUCACCUUUAUGCUGAGACUCAAAAACUUCACAAGAAAUAUGGUGAUUAUGUACGUGUGGGCCCCACGGAGCUAUCUAUAACCGAUCCAGCUGCUGUGAAGCUCAUCUACAGUUCCCAAGCAAGAACUCGCAAGGGACCCUGGUAUAAUUGUAUUGAACCUCGUGUUUCACUUCAGACCGAUCGGGAUAAGGCAUCUCACGCGCGACGGAGAAAAGUCUGGGAUCAGGGAUUUAGCACUUCAGCACUUCGCGAUUAUGAACCACGUGUGGCCUUUUACACAGCACAGCUUGUUAAGGCUAUUGAGAAUGGACUGGGCAAGCCCAUGAACAUGACCAAAUGGUUUAAUUACUAUGCGAUCGAUGUGAUGGGAGAUCUUUCCUUCGGUCGAUCAUUUGAUAUGGUUGCUGAUGGAGAGGAUAAGUACUUCUAUACCCAACUGCAUGCCGAUAUGGGAAUGAUUGGAUUAUUCAGUCAUCUUCUUUGGCUUUUCCCUUUCUUCAAGCGCAUUCCGGGAAUCAAUGCCGAUUAUGUCAAGUUUUGGGGUUGGCUUGAUGCGCAAGUUCAGUAUCGCAAGGAUAACCCACCCAGUCGUCCGGAUGUUUUCUCUUGGCUUCUAGGUGCCUUCGAACAAGGUCCUAAGACUGAGCAGGAUCAUCUCAAUCUUCAUGGUGAUACUUAUCUCAUCAGUGUGGCUGGAAGUGAUACUACUGCUGCAACUUUAACAAAUGUCUUCUUCCACCUAGCCAAGGAUCAGAAUCUCCAAAAAGCGCUUCAAGUAGACCUUGACGGACUCUCAGAGCUAUCCACAGAAAACCUACAAGGAUUGAAGUUCCUCGAAGCUAUCAUCAACGAAACCAUCCGCUUUCAUCCUGUGGUUCCUUCCGGUCUUCAGCGUAUGACUCCACCUGAGGGUCUCCAGAUUGGAGAGAUUUAUAUCCCCGGUGAUGUUAUGGUUCAGAUGCCUAUGCAUGCAAUGUUCCGAGAUGAGCGCGUCUUUGCAAACCCAGAUGACUUUAUUCCUGAGAGAUGGUCUACAAGACCUGAACUUAUCAAGGAACCUGCUUCGUAUAUUCCUUUUGGAGGAGGCCCGUAUGCUUGUGUUGGAAAACAACUCGCUUUGAUGGAAAUUCGUCGUGUCACUGCUGAGAUCUUGACGCGGUACGAUGUCUCCUUUGCUGCAGAGGUUAGCGAGGAUGCUUUUUGGAAUGGGAAGGUUGAUGCGUUUACCUUGGUGGCUGCUCCUAUGGAGUUGAAAUUUACGAGCAGGAAAUAG